AUGAUGCACUUUGAUUUCAGAUUCCACCGGGCCGAAAUUCUGUCCGGUUUCGUCAAUUCCCUUGCCUUGCUCAUCAUUGCCGCAUCAAUUGCCAUCAAUGCUCUACUACGCAUUCAGCAGCCACCCAACAUAAACACGGAUCGCCUAAUGGCAGUAUCUGUUGGAGGACUUCUAGUCAAUCUGGUUGGUAUCUUCGCUCUGGGCCACACGCAUAGCCACGGCGGUGGCGGCAGUCAUGGACAUUCACAUGGCGGCAGUGCUCAUGGCCAUUCGCAUGGCGGCGGCGGUGUCUACCUUCACGUCCUCGCGGAUACCUUAGGCAGCGUUGGCGUAAUCAUAAGUUCCUACUUUGUCACGAACUAUGGCUGGAAUGUUGCUGAUCCUAUCUGCUCCCUUUUCAUCUCCGGUGCCAUUUUAUAUUCUGCUCUACCUCUGGUCGUUGAUACAAUCUACGUGCUUGCCCUCCGUGCUCCCAACAGCUUCCAUCCGGCCCAUCCAGAUCGCGUUAUACAAAAGGUCCUAAGGUUAGAUUCUGUCCUGGAAGUGCUCAACCCCUGCAUUUGGAAGAGUACGGAGGAUACAAUUUGCUGCUCCCUGCGUGUCCGUCUGGCUGGCGACGCCAGUGAACAACUUGUUUUGGCGCAGAUUAAAGAAGCCCUCAGGCAUGCACGUAUCAGCCAUAUGACAGUCCAGCUAGAAAAGGAUACUUUCUCGCAGCAUAUGGAGGCCUUUGGGCUGACUAUUGAUUCUUUGAGCCGAUAUCGUCGCCCCUGUUCGGUGAAAAAUUCACACGACCACACCAACGACACAAGUAACUGCUCCUCAGCUCGGAACACAACAUGGACCACGAUCUCCUUUUAG